AAGUAUGGAAAACCUGUUGCCUUCUGUUCUACUCGGGAUUCCCUAAUGCAUCCGUUCCCAGAAUGAAGGCAUUGCGGCAUCGAGUACGUGAGUAUUAAGAACUGAGAGAGCCUCCGGGCUUACGUAGCCUGGGCUAAAGGCUUAUCAGAGGCUAAGCCAGAGGGGGGAAAAAACAGUAAAGCUAGUCUCAGACGACCUGAGGUACAGGCACAAGGCCAUCUGUCCAUUCUCUGAAUACAGCUGACAACAAAGGAGGGCAACUCCGCACUCAGGGAAUCAUACACACUCUGAAGCCUCAAACGUUAACUCAUCCUGGAUUGACAAGGCAAGAAGAGUUGGUGAAGAAAUAAGUGGCAUCUUCGCGCUGUCUCAACCUCCAUCACUUCUCAGCCUAUUCAGCGGUUCACAUCUCUUUAGCAAGUUCCUCUGCUGCUGGAGUGUCAUGGAAAGAGGGACCACAUUUCAUUUAACAGCUUAUAGACAGUCUGUUUGAAGCAUCUAGACCCAAGAGAAGAAUGAAUAUGAAUGAGAUGGAGGGAGGGCUAAAUGCCACCCUCACCAUCCGCCUACUAAUGCAUGGCAAGGAAGUUGGAAGUAUCAUUGGGAAGAAAGGAGAGACUGUCAAAAAAAUGAGAGAGGAAAGUGGAGCCCGCAUUAAUAUAUCUGACGGUUCCAGUCCAGAGCGCAUUGUCACCAUUACCGGAUCGUCUGAGGUCAUCUUCAAAGCCUUCGCCAUGAUCGCAGAGAAAUUUGAGGAGGAUAUCCUGGCAUCCAUGAUCAACAGCACCGUGACAAGCAGGCCUCCUGUGACACUGCGCCUCGUCUUCCCCGCCAGUCAGUGUGGUUCACUCAUUGGCAAAGGAGGCUCGAAGAUCAAAGAGAUCAGAGAGAGCACAGGUGCCCAGGUCCAGGUGGCAGGAGAUCUACUGCCUGACUCGACUGAGCGAGCCGUGACCAUCUCAGGCACCCCUCAUGCCAUCACACAAUGUAUGAAACACAUCUGCACCGUCAUGCUGGAGUCGCCACCUAAAGGAGCCACCAUUCCGUACCGACCCAAACCCACCGCGGGUGGCAGCCACACAGUGUUGUCGCAACCUCAUGCUGCGUCGGCAUUUGCUAUUCCAGGACAGUUUGCCAUUCCACCCCAAGACUUGACCAAGCUUCACCAGUUGGCUAUGCAGCAUAUCCCCUUUACCUCCCUUGGGCAGAGCAACCCCACCUUCCCUGGUCUGGAGGCCUCCUUUGUAACCACUUCUCAUGAGCUGAGCAUACCUAAUGAUCUCAUAGGCUGCAUCAUUGGCAGACAGGGCAGUAAGAUCAAUGAGAUUCGCCAGAUGUCUGGUGCUCAGAUCAAAAUUGCCGGGGCCACAGACGGUUCGGCAGUACGCCACGUCACCAUCACAGGCUCCCCAGCCAACAUCAGCGUGGCUCAGUACCUCAUCAGUGCGAGUUUAGAGAUGGCUAAACUGAGCAUCCAGGCAGCGUCGUCCUCCUCUUCCAGUACACCUAUCAACCUCAGCCUGGGCUUCUCCCAGUCCACCCCCUCCACCACCUCUUCCAUGGCCGUCCUGGCUGCUCCCCCCUCUGCUAUUAACGUCCACUCGUCCAUCCCCAGCGCCCAUUACGCAUUGCCUGUUUCCAGCCUGCUUGGCAUGAAAACCGUGCCCCUGCUGGCAAUGCACACAGCCACCUCCGCAGGCCUCCCGGCUGGCCUCACACCCUACACCACAAAGAUCCCCACCUUGUCCAGCAUCAAAAAAUCAGAACAGCAGAAGUUUGCCCCAUACUGAGCGGCCGCGGUCUUUAAACUCAUCAGUAAUGUUGUAUUUGUUUAUUAGUCAUUCAUGAAUAUUAAGUAGAUUGAAAGUGUCCCCCCCCGCCCCCUAUUUUUGUAAUGUUUCUGUGCAAUAUUUCGCAAGCAAGGAAUAGUGAGUGCAUGACAAGAUUAAUCGCUCCUUAUAUUGUCUUCCAUUUUAUGUAGCGUUUCAUUCGGAAGUGUUUGAGAUAUCCAUCUCACACCAUAAAAUUUAUCUGACACUGAACCUGUUUUGUUUUUUUCAAGAAAA